AUGGUGUCCUCUACUCCUCCCCUCUCCGGGAAGACUAAAAUCAUACAGAUCAACCUCCAGCACAGCCAAACUGCAACGGCUUCCUUACGCAGAGUGCUGGAAAACAACACACAGACCAUAUCACUGAUCCAAGAGCCGUGGAUCAGGAAAAACAGGAUAUGUGGUCUUGGAAACAGCGGAGGAAAACUUCUUCUAGACACCUCCGUAAGUAAACCGAGAACAUGUAUACUAGUACCGAAACAUGUACCAACAUUACUAAUCAACGAAUUCUGUUCAAGGAACCUGACAGCAGUCAGAUUAACUAGGACAGAACAGCAUCUCCCGGAUAUUGUCCUUGCCUCCGCAUACCUGCCGAGCGACGAGGACAUACCAACUCCGGAGCUCAACCUAUUGGUCGAGUUUUGUGAGAGGGAGAAGCUGGAUCUGGUCAUCGCUGCCGACUCCAACGCGCAUCAUACCCUUUGGGGUAACGGCAAGUGCAAUAACAGAGGUGAGGAAAUGCUGCAUUUUAUUUUUAGUAAUAACCUUACUCUAAUUAACAAAGGUUCUGAACCUACCUUUAUAAACGCUCGAUCACAAACUAUUAUAGAUUUAACUCUAACGACUGUUGGUAUUUCGGAAUCUGUUUGUGACUGGCAUGUAUCCAAUGAAAUAUCAUGCUCAGAUCAUAGAUGGAUUCGAUUCUCCAUUAAUAUGGAGUUGCCCAAACCACAGCCUAGACGUAUACCUCGAAGGACUGACCAACAUAAAUUUCUUACACUGGUCAGGGAAAAAUUUGACAAUCAACUGCCACUACUAGACGAUUUAGCGGUAACAGAUCUGGACGAUAGUGCAAACUACAUCACGUCCAUUUUAACCUCAAGCUAUGAACAGUCCUGUGCCCUAACCACACCACAGUAUGGGGGAGGCAACACUGGUGGUGUCCAAAAUUGGAAAGACACCGUCGUAAGUUAA